CUAUCAAUACCAGUAGCUCUUUAAAUGAAAUAGUGACGAGGCUGCUCCGUCUGGCCCAGCGCUGAAGUGCCCUCAAUAUUCAUAACUGGAGUUAAAACGUCGAUGGAAACCCAGGCAUACCGCCUGGGCUGUUUUUCGGGGUUCCGUAGCCAAAGCCGGAACAUUUUAUUAUUUUUUUUCCUUUUUAAUUUAAAUUUACGUCGUAAAUAGGUUUCUACUCGUCAAACUUCAGCUUUGUUGUUGCUGAAUUACUGCUGCAGCGUUACCGCGGGCUUGUUCUAUCUUUCAACGUUCAACGUUCAAGGCAUUUUAUAAAUGUGUUGCAAAUUUUUAUUUCCUUUCUACCAUGAAAUUAUCAUAUUAUACAAAAACAAUUGAACUAUAAAAUUGAUCUAACUUUUUCAAGUUAGCCACGGCUUGCAUUUUUUAUCCAUGUCACGAUAUAUAACGGCGUCGGCGGCGCCGACUCCCCAUUCCCGCCGUCGUCAUCAUGUCGCCGCUUUUUUACCUGAUCUCGCUCACAGUGCUUGCACUGACUGUGUCAUCCCAGGAAUUCGUCCCAAACGUCCCAGAAGAAUGUCUGACUACGGGCAUCUGCGAGGACUUACCCGAUUAUCCGACAGAACGCGUCACCGCUCUCAUUGAAGAACUAGGUCCAGCUCUUGACAAAUACGAGGUUCAGGACCUUGACGAGUCCGAAACAUUGUCCAGAGCAGGAGAUGAGGAUCAAGAUCUCUGCGAGUCCAGGCGCAAGAUAAUAGUGCCUCGUGCGGGUCGGGAUAAAGAUGGACAGUGGCACUAUGUUGUAAACCAAAGGCCCAAUCCGGUGCAAAGUUUCGUUAUUGAGGUAUGCAAUCCAGUCGAUUCGCCCUGCGCCGACGUAGCCCACUUCUACACCGGUUACACAGCUAGCUGCAAGCAGAAGUUCAUUUAUCGGAAAUCGCCGACUUUGGACGCCGGCGGCGCCAUGGUUGAAAGGAAGUUGCUGUUCCCCAGCUGUUGCUCGUGCCAAUAUCGGCAGACUGGUGAAUAAGCUUAAUCUAUGAAUGUUAAGGUAACAUUCGGAUUGUAACUGCAGUUGCAUUACUGUUGCGGCAUUACUGCUACUGCGUAUCCGAACGGUACUUGUUCCUUAUUUUCAUGUGGCAUGUUAUAAGUUAAUUAAUUUACAUGAAUACAAAUAAAUGUUUUCUCAAACA